AUGGCCCAAUUGAGCCGGCUCCCAUCUUCCUCUUCUUCUACAACAUCCCCACAUUUCCAAUCCACUAAGGGAGCCAAGUGUUUUAGCCUCAAACCAGUUUCCGCCGUCAGCGUCAGCUGCGCUUCAAAAUCGCCGUUCACGGAGAAGCACUCGGCCGAGAGGUACCACAGGGACAGCUGGGCGUACAAGGACCAGCAGCAGCAGCCCUCGUCCUCUUGCCCGCUGCCGCCUGACCGGGACGCCGUCAGGGACUACGACAUAGCUCUGCAGCUUCCGGAGCUGAAGAAAUUGCUCUAUGUGCUGAGGGAGAAGAGGAGGGAUGGAGGUGGGCCCCUCGGGAAGGGCCCGGGGAGCGUGUUCUUGGUUGGGACCGGGCCCGGUGACCCGGAAUUGCUAACCCUCAAGGCGUUGAGAGUGAUAAAAAAUGCUGAUCUUUUGCUGUAUGAUAGGUUGGUGUCUAAUGACGUGCUGGAUUUGGUUGGGACCAAUGCUAAGCUUCUAAAGAUGAGCUGUGAGGAAAUUCAUGAACUGCUUUUGAGCUUUGCCGAGGCUGGGGCAAGUGUUGUAAGGCUUAAAGGUGGGGAUCCUUUGGUAUUUGGAAGGGGUGGAGAGGAGAUGGACUUUUUACAGCAACAAGGAAUCGAAGUCAAAGUCAUUCCAGGCAUAACGGCUGCUUCCGGAAUAUCCGCCGAGUUAGGAAUCCCGCUGACUCAUCGUGGGGUUGCAAACAGUGUAAGAUUUCUGACGGGCCAUUCAAGAAAGGGAGGUACAGAGCCUCUUUUCGUAGGCGAGCAUGCGGCAGAUCCCGACUCUACACUUGUCGUCUAUAUGGGUUUAUCAACAUUACCUUCUCUCUCCUUGAAGCUGAUGAGUUGUGGUUUGCCGGGUGACACCCCAGCAGCGGCUGUCGAGCGAGGAACUACUCCUCAACAACGCAUUGUGUUUGCUUACUUAAAGGACCUUGCGAAUGAAAUCGCAUCGAACGAGCUGGUGUCCCCGACUUUGAUCAUCAUAGGGAAAGUCGUUGCCCUUUCGCCAUUAUGGCCACAUGCUUCAAAAGAGACUUAUACAUUUGGGGGAAAAUCAAGAUAG